UCCCGCCUCCUCUCGCGGUUCUUGGCGCCGGCGGAGGCUGAGUCCGGCCUGUGUGUUGCCGGCCGGCGAAGGGGCUGGUGGCGUCGCCGAAGGGGCUACCAUGGCGCAGCCGGGCACGAGCCAGCGAGGGUCCGGGAGGACGUCGGAGAAGGAAGAGGCGUCGGCAGCAGCGAAGGAGACGGAGGCUGCCUUGGAAAGGCAUCAGGAGCUGCUUGCAGGAAAGGCCCAUAAAGAAGGUGGAUCUGCACAAACAUCCCUUCUCAUAUUAUUAUCCAUCUUCUUAAUAGCUGCAUCUGUUAUGUUUCUGGUAUAUAAAAACUUUCCACAGCUGUGUGAAGAGGAGAGAGAAUGUAUAAAGGUUCCCAGAGACAUGGAUGAUGCUAAAGCCUUAGGAAAAGUUCUCUCUAAAUACAAGGACAACUUCUAUGUACAAGUCUUAGUGGCCUAUUUUGCUACUUACGUUUUUUUGCAAACCUUUGCUAUUCCUGGAUCAAUAUUUCUGAGUAUACUUUCAGGAUUUCUCUAUCCUUUCCCCCUAGCUCUAUUUCUUGUUUGUUUGUGCUCUGGACUUGGGGCCUCUUUCUGUUAUAUGCUGUCCUAUUUAGUUGGAAGACCUGUUGUUUAUAGAUAUUUAACAGAGAAAGCCGUGAAAUGGUCACAGCAGGUUGAACGACACAGAGAACACCUCAUUAACUACAUAAUAUUUUUGAGAAUAACUCCUUUCCUUCCUAAUUGGUUUAUCAAUAUAACAUCUCCUGUAAUAAAUGUACCAUUGAAAGUAUUUUUUAUUGGUACUUUUCUAGGUGUUGCACCACCAUCUUUUGUAGCAAUUAAAGCUGGAACAACGCUCUACCAGCUUACAACAGCAGGUGAAGCAGUCUCCUGGAACUCUGUUUUCAUUCUCAUGAUUCUAGCUAUUCUCUCCAUUCUACCAGCUAUUUUUCAGAAGAAACUUAAACAAAAGUUUGAAUGAGAAUUAGCCUGGAUCUUCACGUCCCAUAUUUCAUCUCAGGAUCAGCACUAUUUCUAUGGUCACUUUUCUAUCGCAUCCUUCACAAUUUGAAAUGAGAGAAUUAUAAGAGAUUAAAAUGCUUCUGGACUUUUUGCUGAGUUUUAUUUAUGGGGCACAAAGACAAAAUAACUGCUGUCAGAAGAAAUUAAGAUGAACCAUAUACUUUUUAAAGUAUUGUUCAUUUUAACUAAUCAGUAAUAUAUGUAUAUGUAUGCCUUAUCUGAUUUUGUUUGUGUAGGCUUAACAUGAUAAAUUCAUUCCUGUUUCCCUCUCAUCUUUGCACCAUUCAUAAUUCUGAAAAAGUAAUAGACUGCACAGUUCUUUCUGCAGCCCAGUGGAGUAAUGGAUUGUAUGGAUUCUUUAUUAAUGAGCUCCUUGUGGGAGAGCAGGAAGAGAUAUUUUGACCAGUGUUUCAGAAAUUCCUGGGUUUCAUUUUGCUUCAUGCCAACUGUGGAGACACUGAAAGGCAUUGAGUGACUUUCCUGUCAUAUGAAUGUUUUUGCUGGGGUUGGGGUUGAUCAGACUUUUAUCAUGGCACAUGAAAAACUAUAUAUAUAUAUAUAUAUAUAUAUAUAUAUAUAUAUAUAUAUAUAGCGCCAGUAUUUCAUAUGUAUGGCAGCUGUUUCCAAAAUUGCUAAUAUUUUAUUUAACUAAUUAAUCAGUUGUCAAAAAUAAUUAUUUGCAUGCAUUUAUAAGUGCACGCAAAAAUGUGGGAAUCACUUUGAGGAAUUAUCAAUUUCAGUUAGUAAGCAGAAACUAUGUCAUUAUAGUUAAGUAUAUAAUGUUUGCUAGGUUUUUAUUUAAGCAGCAUGGCCAUAUAGCAUAACCUCUGAUGUAAAGAUCUAUUGGUGCUCCAAGUGCCCAAACAGUGGUCCUUCAGGCAUGGAAUCCCUCAUUUGUUUUCAUGCCCCUGCAGUUGAAACAUUCUGUAACUGCCUCAGUAUGAGGAAGCUCCAUGCCUACAUGCAUACUUUCGUUGGGUUAAGGUUAUCAUGUACAAAUUGUACAUCUUGUAAAUAGACGUGCUAGAAAGAUGUGUCCCUGCUCUGAUGGAAGGCUAACUGAUGAUUAAAUUUAUAUUUGAAAUUUUAA